AUGUCCCGCGAAGGAUACCAGGUCCCCACCGCCAGCGCUGGCUCCGGAGCCGUUGCCCGUGGCUCGACCGGCAUGCAAGACACUCGCUCCUCCGUCAUGAGCUACCUCUGCGGUGACUGCGGCGGCUCCGUCCAUCUUGGAAAGGAUUCCACUGUCGCCUGCCCACACUGCGCUGGCCGCGUUCUCUACAAGGAGCGUACAAAGCGCAUGGUUCAGUUCGAGGCUAGAUAG